AUGGCAGAACACCACUGCAGGAUGGCAGGCCACUACCUGCAGGAGAGCAGGCCACCACUGCAGUAUGGCAUGCCAAAUCUGCAGGAUGGCAGGCCACCACUGCAGGAUUGCAGACCACCACUGCAAGAUGGCAGACCACCACGGCAGGAGGGCAGGCCACCACUGCAGGAUGGCAGGCCACCACUGCAGGAUGAGAGGCCACCACUGCAGGAUGGCAGGCCACCACUGCAGGAGGGCAGGCCACCACUGAAGGAUAGAAGGCCACCACUGCAGGAUGAGAGGCCACCACUGCAGGAUGGCAGGCCACCACUGCAUGAUUGCAGAUUACCACUGCAGGAAGGCCACCCACCAAGGAAGAAUGCCAGACAAACACUGCAGAAUGGCAAGCCCCCACUGCAGGAUGGCAGAUCACGACUGCAGGAUGGCAGGCGAACAGUGCAGGAUGGCAGGCCACCACUGCAUGACGGCAGAUCACCACUGAAGGAUGGCAGACCACCACCGCAGGAAGGCAGGCUACCACUGCAGGAUUGCAGACCACCACUGCCGGAUGGCAGGCCACUACUGCAGGAUGGCAGGCCACCACUGCUAGAUGGCAGACCACCACUGAAAGAGGGCAGACCAACUCUGCAGGAUGGCAGACAACCACUGCAGGAUGGUAGACCACUACUGCAGGAUGACAGGCCACUACUGCAGGAUUGUAGACCACCACUGCAAGAGGGCAGACCACCACUGCAAGAGGGCAGACCACCACUGCAAGAGGGCAGACCAUCACUGCAGGAUGGCAGGCCACCACUACAGGCUGGCAAGCCAAAACUGCAGGAAGGCAGACCACCACUGCAGGAAAGCAGGCCACCACUGCAGGAUGGCAGGUCACCACUGCAGGAUGACAGGCCACAACUGCAGGAAGGCAGGCCACCAAUACAUGAAGGCAGAUCAUCACUGCCGGAUGCCAAGUCACCACUGCAAGAGGGCAGACAACCACUGCAGGAUAAUAGAUAA